AUGCCUCAAGUGACAUUGCUGCUUUUACCGCUCAGCGCUCAUUCGGUGCCGGUUUCGGUGAAAAAGGGACGAAGUAGUUUCACAAUCGGAAACUGUGUGUGGAUCGUCGACCGGCCCUGCCCGGACAGUGAUAUACGGUUCUAUCUCUUCACCCGCUCCAACCCCGAAGAUCGACAGUACAUACACAUCGAUGAGAGCUGGGAAGCGUCGAACAUCAGCUCGUCCUACUUCAACCCGGCCCAUCCGGUGAAGGUGAUCAUCCACGGCUACAAUGCCGACAUGUUCCUGACGCCGUUGAUUAACAUGAAGGGAGAGUACCUUCAACGGGCGAACUACAAUCUCAUCUACGUCGACUGGAGCGAGCUCGCCCAUGGUCCGUGCUAUCCAUCGGCCGUACACAACACGCGCCACGUUGGCAAGUGUAUUGGCCAGCUGGUGCAGCGGAUCAUCGAUGCCGGCACGGACAACAUCCAUCUGGUUGGGUUUUCGCUCGGAGCGCAGGUGACGAACUACGUGUCCACAACGGUGCGGCCCUUCCGAUUGAAACGCAUCACGGGGUUGGAUCCGGCAAUGCCACUUUUCAUUACGGCCGCCGCCGACGACAAGCUUGAUCCCUCCGAUGCGGAGUUCGUCGAUGUCAUCCACACCAACGCCCUGGUGCAGGGGAAGAUCGAACGGUGCGGGCAUGUCGAUUUCUAUGUUAACGGUGGCAUCCUACAACCGGGCUGUAACGGAUUCCUGUCUUUAUACAUUUUAGAUCCAAUGGCAUGUAGCCACCACCGAGCACCGGACUAUUACGCCGAAUCGAUCCGCAGUCUAACCGGAUUUUGGGGCUGGAGUUGCCAGAGUUACAUUUACUAUCUGCUCGGGUUCUGUCCGCAGAAUAACGUACAGGUUGUAGCUGGCGAAGACUGCCAGCCCGGUACGGAAGGCAUGUUCCUGAUCACGACCAACCCAGCCUCACCGUUCGCGAUCGGUCGAUUCGCCGGAUUCAGUAUUCCACAGAAAAAGGACGCGGUCCUGCACAAGCACGGUCUCAACCGGGAUCCGUUCAUCAGCGACAUCGAUCAGUGGGGCAAGCUGGACGGGUCGUUCAACAACGUGGACCAUUUCCCGACACCGUACUCGCAGGACCCGAACCCGGCGGACGACGACGAAUGGCCGUACUUCAAUCACGUUGGGACGAAACAACUAACCAAGGAGCACAUCAAGAAGAUCCUCGAUCAGGACAAGUCACGCGUGCACGGAGACGACCGUUUGCCGGUGGCGAGCACCCUGGCUACGGCCAUUCCUACGUCGCAGUCACCGUACGACAACGAGAUCGAGGAGGCGUUUCAGCUGCAGGACCUGCGGAGACGGCUGCAGCAGAAGGAGGCCAGCGUGAUGCAGUACUACGCGAUGCCAACAGGCCUAGAAUCGACGGUGGCGAUCGACCAGCGAUCAGUCUGUGUGCAUAAUCCACCCCGUACGGCAGCAAUGUACGAAUACCUUAUCCAGCUAAUGUGCCAAUAUGUAUUCCUGCGGGAAGUGUUCAAAUUGAACUGUGACAUCGAGAAGCUGAAGGCGCUCGACCCGAACUACGGUGUCACCUGGAUGUUCAUGCCCGACGACAAGGGAAACCCGCACAUCGUAGAUCUCACCGUACCGGACGAAGAGCGGUCCGAGGGAAGGGCGACCACGGUGCAGGAUGACGUUACCUUCUAUCACUACCGGCAAUCCACGAUCGACUCUCCGUUCUCGUUUCGCUUCGUGAACGAUCCGGCUACUCCGCUGGCCCUGAACGAAUCCUACGAUCCAACGAUCCCGACGAAGUUCGUUAUACACGGUUGGAGGAACUCGAUUAGCAGUCCCAUAUCGCAGAACAUCAAAAAUAACUAUCUCAAACGAGAAGACAUGAACGUUAUCGUGGUAGAUUGGGCUCCGCUGGCGUCGGACAUUUUAUACGUCAAGCCUUUAAUAGCCACUCGCAACGUCGGUGCCCAUGUUGGAGGACUUAUCGAUCGUAUGGUUGAAGAACGUUACACGGACCUGUCGGAUGUGCACAUGAUAGGGCACAGCCUUGGUGCGCAUACCUCCGGCGUUGCUGGCUGGUCUAUCCGGAGCGGAAAGGUGGCUCGAAUCACCGGACUUGAUCCGGCCCUGCCCGGGUUCGUCGGAGUGUCGUCGGAAAAAAUGCUCGAAUCGACUGAUGCACAGUUCGUCGAUGUCAUUCACACCUGCGCUGGAUUCCUGGGCUACGAUGAGAACAUCGGACAUGUGGACUUUUGGCCUAACGGCGGCCGCCAAAACCAACCAGGUUGCGGUGUUGAUAUGCUUGGUGCUUGUAGCCACGGACGAUCGCAUGAGUACUACGCCGAGUCUAUCCUUAGACCGGACGCUUUCAAGGCUUACCCUUGUGAAAAUACGAAUGACACUAAGUGUCGUUCACAAAGCGCGGUGCCAAUGGGAGACGCGACUCCGAACACGGCCAGAGGGACUCUCUAUCUCGAAACGAACGCCGAACCUGCGUAUGGAAAGGGAUUGUAG